GAAUAAAACCUCAAUGUCUCGAGUCUCGAGGCGUGGGGCACGACCUCCAGGGCGACCUAUAAAGCUGCUCUCGCAAAAAAAUAAAACACAUUUAACGGAAUAGACUAUAAACAAUAAAACAUGGCGUAUAUUCGCGCAUUGUUUUUUGCCAUCGCACUCGCGGGAUGCAGCCCAACCCUAGCCGAAGAUACUGCCAACGUGCAAUCCGACAGUUUAGUGCGGGAACCUCGCACUUUACAUAAAAAGAAAUUAUGUAAAAAAUAUGGAAUUUGCGAAGGUUUUGGAGGCUAUCAAGGCGGCUACCAAGGAUAUCAUGGUUACCAAGGCUAUCAAGGAUACCCUGGUUACCCUGGGCCAUACCAGCCACCGAUAAAUAUUGCCAUCAGUCAAUCCCAGUCUUCAGCUAAUGAGGGUGGCGGCGGACAUGCAAAUGGAUAUUAUCCCAACAACUACCAACAAAAUGGAUAUCCGAACCAUGGCUACAACCAAGGCUAUAACAACGGCUAUUACAACAACGGCUAUGAAGGCCAUGGAUACAACGGCUACAGACCAGGCUACAGCAAUGGAAAUGGAGGCUACAAUGCUCAGUUCAAUGGAAACUAUUACUCCGGCGCUCCUCGAGGAGGAGGCUAUGGCUUCCAAGGUUUUGGAUUCAGAGGAGACGGUUACGAUGGUGAAGAUUAUGAUGAUCAGGACAGCUUUGGAUUCGCUCGGUCCAGUGCUAGUGCUACUGCUGUAGCUGAGAGUAAAACCCAAUAAUUUGUAGCUGAAGUUUAUAAUGUAUUUAGAAAAAUAGGUUAGGGCUUAACUAGAGUUAUAAUGUUUUUUGUAUUUUAGAUUUUUCUUUCCCUCGUUUCCCUUAUGUUUUUGCUCUCUGUGUGAAGUAAGUGAAACAAUAUUUAUGUUUAGCGAGUGAGAAACUGUGAUAAACCG